AACUCUGAAAACAACCUUUGGAUUUCCUAGCUUCUCACCUGCAACUCCUGCAACUCAUCUCUUUCUCACUCUCUUUCAUGGUCCACUUCCUGAGCUGCUACUUCUGCUCCAAAUUCUCCACCUUUCUUUCUUUCUCUCUCUCUCUCUCUCUCUCUUUUAUCUCUCUUUCUAGCUCUGUCUCUCUGUCUCUUUGUCCUCUUUAUCACAAUCUCUAAUACUGCAAAGAUAGAUAUGGGUGAUCUCUAUAGCAUACAUCCAGGGAUCUGGAGAGAUGAUGACACUUCUUCCUCACUUCCCACUCUCCCCAUACUUCCCAAACUUCCAUCUCUUCAUCCUCUUUCUCAACAAAACUCUAAAUCUUCAGAUCUCCUCAAAGCUCAGAUCGCUUCUCAUCCUCUCUACCCUUCUCUUCUCUCCUCCUACAUCCAAUGCCGCAAGGUUGGCGCGCCACCGGAAGUAGCAACACUACUUGAAGAGAUCUCUUCUGAGCAGCACCACCCCACCAUCAUCUCCGGCGAGCUCGGUGCUGAUCCAGAGCUUGAUGAGUUCAUGGAAUGUUAUUGCCGAGUUUUGGAGAAGUAUAAAGAGGAGCUAAGUAAACCACUGGAUGAAGCUGCAACAUUCUUGACAGAGAUUGAAACACAGCUUGGGGAUCUCUGCAAGAGCUCACAUUCAUCAUCUUCUUCAACAACAGCGAUUAACUCAUUCUCUGAUGAAGCAGCAGGGUCAUCUGAUGAGGAGCUAAGCUGCGGAGAUGUGGAUGCAUCAGAAAGCCGGGAAUCCGGGACACGGUUUCCCGACCAAGACUUGAAGGAGAUGCUUCUGAAGAAGUACAGUGGAUAUCUAAGCAACUUAAAAAAAGAAUUCAUGAAGAAAAGGAAGAAGGGUAAGCUACCGAAAGACGCGAGACUAACAUUGCUCGACUGGUGGAACUCCCAUUAUCGAUGGCCUUACCCGACGGAUGAAGAGAAGGUAAAGUUGGCAGAAAUGACAGGUUUGGAUCCAAAACAGAUAAAUAACUGGUUUAUUAACCAGAGGAAGAGACACUGGAAGCCUUCCGACGACAUGAAGUUCGCUCUCAUGGAGGGUGUCAACAGCGGAGGGAGUGUGACGACAUUGUAUUUCGACAAAGGUGCUACCAUUGAUCCAUGAAAAUGAUUCGUUCGGCUUCUAUUCUUUUUCGCUUUUGUUUCGUAUAGUGUUUGUUGAUGAAUCUAUAUGCAGUGAUCAUUGAUGAUUUACAUCUGAAAGUUUUUAGAUGUAUUAUAUAUAUAUAUAUGACACCAAAUCAUUCUGGUUUGAAAUGUCAGCCUUUUUCUUACUAUUUAUUUGUUGUUUUUAUUUAAUUUCUGAUCUUCAAACAAUCAAUA